GACAAAAAUAAUCCACAUUGUAUUCAAUUAUGUACACAAGAGAUUGUGCAUUGACGAUUUAAUUUGUUGUUUUUGCUGCAGAAAUAGAAAUGCAAUUUAGAAUCGUGUUAUGAUAGUAAAAUUAUUGAAUAAUACCUUUUAAUAAGAAAUUAAACAUUGUUGUUGAACGUGAGUUGGUUGAGGAAACCACUUUGUAUUUUGUACCCUGGAUUUCGUAUCAUUAAAAGUUUAAAAUGACAGAAUAUUGGAAAUCUCAAGCCCGAAAGUAUUGUGAAUUUUGCAAGUGUUGGUUUGCUGAUAACAAAGUGUCUAUUUCCUUCCACGAGAAUGGUAAGCGCCACAAGGAAAAUGUUCAGAAACACAUAUCACAGCUUAGCAAAAAGAGUGCUAAAGAAUUCAAACAGAAAGAGAAAAUUGAUGAUGACAUGAAGAAAAUGGAAGCCGCAGCCAUGGCAGCCUACUUGAAUGACAUUAAGAAUAAUGCGGAUCUUACAUCACAGAGUAUUAAUGAUUUAAUAAACCAAGGUGGUAGCAGUGAAGCUACUAUUGUGGUCAGUAAUUCACCUACUUCGAAGGCUCCACCUGCCUGGGAAGAAGUCAAGAGUGAUGAUGGAAGCUCAUACUACUGGAAUACUAUAACAAAUGAAACCACUUGGGAUGCACCAGAUGAAUAUGUAUCAGUAGCAGAAAAAGAGAAGAACAAAUUAAAAGAAGAAGCUCAAGAGAAAAAGAAACAGAAAAUUAAAAAACAACAACAGAAACAAGCUCAGAAGGAUGUACACAUGGAAGUAAAUGCUCACUUAGCGAGAGAGAAAAUGAGAGAAUUAGCGGUCAAAAAGGAACCAGAGCCACCCAAGAAAUUUGUGGACUAUGGACCUGCUCCUCGGGCUAGCAAACCAUAUGGCUCGUGGACCCCAGUCGUCAACCAGCCUGUGGAGCAAGUGGAUCUUCAGCUACCGAAGAAUGAAAAAGUGCUGCCGCCGCCCCCAGUGGUGGUACAACCGGAAAUCAUUCAGUUUAAAGAGAAACGCAUCGAGUCUCUUGGCGAUGAACCCGUCGAAUUCAAAAAGAGAAAGUUCAACAACCCCAAAAGAAAUAUGCGUCAAAAACUAGAUGAUGACUGAUAGCAUAAAAUAAUAAAAUUUGUAAAUAGGAAA